AUGAUUCUGGUUAAGAGAAUGAGAGAAACAUUAUACUCUUCCCUCCUUCUUCAGGAUAUAUCGUUUUUUGACAAUGAAACAGUAGGAGAUUUGACAAGUAGACUUGGGGCAGAUUGUCAGCAAGUUUCAAGGGUUAUUGGAAAUGAUCUUAACUUGAUAUUGCGCAAUGUCCUUCAGGGGGGAGGUUCAUUAAUCUACUUGUUGGUUUUGUCUUGGCCACUUGGUUUAUGUACGUUGGUGAUAUGCUCCAUAUUAGCAGCGGUCAUGUUACGUUAUGGAAGGUACCAGAAGAAGGCAGCAAGGUUGAUCCAAGAAGUCACUGCUUCUGCUAAUAAUGUAGCUCAAGAGACAUUCUCUCUUAUUAGAACUGUUCGAGUUUAUGGAACAGAAGAAGAAGAACAGGAGAGGUACAAAUUGUGGCUGGAAAAAUUAGCUGACAUAAGCUUGCGCCAAAGCGCUGCAUAUGGAUUUUGGAAUUUUAACUUCAACACUCUUUAUCACUCAACUUAG